CUUGUUUAGUUUUAUAAGAUUUCUACGCUUAGUUCUUACAUCCUUGUUAUUUUUGAUUGGAAAUUGUUGUAUAACCUUAACGUUUUUGUUUUUGGAGGAGAAGGACUAUUUUGCGUCGUUUUUUGGAAGUAAACGAAAAAAACAAAAUGUCAGAGGCAGCUGUACGAAUUCUGAAAUCCGGUAUGCGCUUACCACCAUUGCCUACCGUGCGUGAAUUGGUUAAGUUGUAUCAACUACAGGCCCUAAAACAAUUGUCGCAAAACUUUUUAAUGGAUGAACGUAUCACCGAUAAAAUCGUUAAAUCUGCUGGCCGCAUAGAUACUCAUGACAUCGUCUUGGAGGUUGGACCUGGUCCGGGCGCCAUAACUCGCUCUAUAUUGAGACGUUCGCCGCAGCGUUUAAUUUUGGUGGAAAAAGAUCACCGUUUCUUACCCUCAUUGGAGCUGUUAAAAGAAUGUGCCAAACCCCUGGAUUUACAAGUGGACAUACACAUCGAUGACAUUUUACGUUUCAAUAUGGAACACCACAUACCCGACACAACACAACGUUUACAUUUAAUUGGCAAUCUACCGUUCGCCAUAUCUACUCGAUUAAUUAUAAAUUGGUUUGAAGAUUUAUCCCUGCGCCGUGGAGCUUUCCGACGUAACGACACUUGCAUGACAUUAACAUUUCAGAAGGAAGUUGCCGAACGUAUUUGUGCCAAUUUGGGAGAUAAACAAAGAUGUCGCUUGUCUGUUAUGUCUCAAAUUUGGACCCAACCUGUUAUGAAAUUUACCAUACCCGGCAAAGCGUUUGUCCCAAAGCCUGAGGUAGACGUUGGUGUGGUGAAAUUGAUACCCCUAAAGCAACCCAAGACAGAUUUGCCAUUUGGUUUGGUAGAAAAGGUGGUUCGACACAUAUUUAAUAUGCGCCAAAAAUAUUGUCGUCGGGGCUAUGGUACCCUCUUUCCUCCCCAAGAUCGAGAUGACAUAUGCUAUGAACUUUUCCAGCGAGCUGAUGUUGAAGAUACCUUAAGACCCUUUCAGUUAUCCGUUGAUGAGUGCAUACGCUUGGCCACAGUUUAUAAAGAGUUUAUCGAUGCGAAUCCUGACAUUGCCCGCUAUGAUUUUAGGGCCCAGAAAAAUGUUCCAACAGAGAUGUUAAGCGACGAAUAUGUUUAAGAAAAACACAACAAUUUUGUUUUCAAUUAUUUUAUCAUGUAAAAAACUGUUUUCCUUUUUAAUAAAAUAUUUAUGUAAAGAUACAAUAAACUUAUAAAAAA